AUGGAGGACAGUUUAAGUGGUCAAAACCUGGAAUGGGUGAAGCAGUUCUUCCUCGACUACGGCCUGCUACGAGUGCGUGAGCGAUACGUGAUGAUGCAGGACUCGCUGUCCGCCUUUUACGAUGCCCUGUGCGUACCCAUGAGCUACGAGGAGGAGAAAGUUGUGCCAGAACCAGGGUUAUGUCAAUCCAGGCCAAGUGAACUGCACUGCACCGGUGAAGUAGGAAAGUCGAAAGCAGGAAUUGCCACACAGAGGGAGAGGACCAGGAGGCUGCACCUCAAGGAUGUGGCUAAUUACGUGCAUCUUCCCAUAACGGAGGCUGCCAAGGAGCUACAAAUAUGCCCCACAGCCCUCAAGAAAGUGUGCCGCAAGCAUGGGAUGCUUCGGUGGCCGUAUCGCAAGAUUAAGAGCAUAGACAGGACCAUCUCAAAUUUGCAGAGGGAGCUGCGGUCUGGAACUGCAGAAGGAGCUACAGAAGUUGAAGCUAGGAUCGAGAGACUUGUGGCUCAAAGAGCCAGAAUAUGUGCAGGCCUUCCACCAUAA